UUUAAAAUAUUUGGUAUUUGAAUUUUAACGUUCGUUCGUUUAUCAAGUUGUUCCAGAGGUGUUUACUUAUUAUAUUCUUUCUCCAUGGUUAUUAUAUAUUUCAAAUAAAAAUGUCUAAUAUUAAAUCAAAGAAACAAGAACAACAAGUCGAGAGUUACCUGAAGAGGCUAAAAAUACCUUCAAAUUUUGAAAAUGAAACAAAAGAUUUAGUUAAAAAAAUGGUUCACCAUGAAGCUUUUGGAAAGCAGGAUUUCAAGUGGUCAUUAGAUAAUUUUGAACUUGCAUACAGAUUAGGAAGAGGAAAAUUUGGUCGAGUUUAUCUGGCAAGAGAAAAAGUUACAGGUUUUGUUGUAGCUAUUAAGACUCUAUUCAAAAAAGAAAUAGUCAAAGGACGAGUAGAACGACAAAUCUUAAGAGAAAUUGAGAUCCAAAGUCACUUAAAACACCCAAACGUUUUACAGUUGUUGGCUUAUUUCCACGAUUCACAUAGGAUUUAUUUGGUAUUAGAAUAUGCUGGAAGAGGUGAACUUUAUAAACAUUUGAAGGCAUCUGAAGGUGGCAGAUUUAAUGAACAUCUGUCAGCAAAGUAUAUAUAUCAGGUAGCAGAUGCCAUAAAUUAUUGUCAUCAGAAUGCAGUAAUACAUAGAGAUAUUAAGCCUGAAAAUCUUUUAUUAACUAUUACUGGAGACAUUAAACUUGCUGAUUUUGGUUGGUCCGUCCAUGCUCCUUCCUUCAGUAGAGUUACUUUGUGUGGUACUUUGGACUAUUUACCUCCAGAAAUGGUUACAGGCAAAGAGUAUAAGCAGUACGUUGAUCAUUGGUGUUUAGGUAUUCUGUGUUAUGAGUUUUUAACUGGAAACCCACCUUUUGAAAGUAAAGAACAGGAAGAAACUUACAAAAAAAUUACAAGUGGCAAUGUAUAUUUUCCUGAUUAUAUGUCUGCAGGAGCCAAGGAUCUGAUUUCUAAGCUUUUAGUUGCUAAAAGUGAGAAAAGACUGUCACUACCUGAAGUAAUGCGUCAUCAUUGGGUUGUUGAACAUAAAGACAAAAAGAUUUCUUCCUAAUGGUUUUAAUUUGGUUUUGUUUUUAGUUAAUUGACUGUAUUAUUUAAAAUUGUCUUAUGUGUAUGCUUAUUUAAAAUAUUAAAGUAGAUAAUAAAUGUAUCUUUAUUAUUCGUUUCUUUCUUCUAAGAGAG